AUGAGUCCCAUCCGGGGAUGGGAGCACACCCGAAUGUCGCGCCACACCCCUACCCCAGAACCACGACCUGACUGGGUUGAAAAGCAACAACAUCGACCAGCCACUCGAGCAUCACCGAUGGUCCCACGCGAUAGGGUUGAUCUGAGCCAAAGCAACACAGAGUGCUUCACUCAUCAUACCAUUUCCAAAGAUUCUACAGCGGGUAGCCAGGCGAGCUGUAAUGAGCUGCUUGCAGAACUGGGGAAAAAGCAAGUGUCGCCUUGGGCCUUGGGUAGCAACGGCCUUUUGAGGACAUUUCUCAGUCGACACUCGCUCCGCGGCCAGUCUGAAUGGAGGGAUAUGCCCCAUUCUGGCCAUUCCAGGCUUAGUGUUGACUACAAGGAUCAGGAUCAGGAUGGAGAGAUGGAGGAUGUGGAUGAUGAGGGCAACCCAAUUGACCCAAACGAGCCGCGCUACUGUAUUUGUAAUCGCGUGAGUUUUGGCACGAUGAUUCAGUGCGAUAAUGUUGAUGGUUGUAAAGAGGAAUGGUUCCAUCUGCAAUGUGUUGGAUUAGAGGAGAUCCCAGCUCGGACAACAAAGUGGUACUGCCCGGACUGUCGCCGGGUUUUGAACAUUGGGGAGAGGGGUGAAGUUAGUGCAAGAGGAGUCAGAAAAUGA